AUGGAUUUUUGCUUUGAUAUAGAUUAUUAUACUUAUUAUAAUGAUUUUAAUACAACAUAUAAUUUUUUAAAUUUUAUUAAUUUUCCUGGAGCAAAUGAUUGUUUAAAAAAUCUUUCAGAAUUGACAUGUUGCUCAUAUAUAGAUUCUGAAUUUUUUCUUCAAUUAUCUAAAAUAUGUCAUAAUAUAAAUUCUUUAGUUAUAAAAUUUGAAGAAACUGUUUCAGUUGGAAUAAAUGAUUUGAUACUUUGUCAAAAUAAUUUAAAAUCCAUAUCAUUCAUCAACUGUAAUGAGAGUAUUUAUAUUUUUAGGGAUGAUAUACUUAAUUGUUUCAAGAAAUUAACAAAACAUUCAAAUACUUUAACAAAAUUAUUUUUAUUUAGAAUACCACUACCAUCCAUUUUUAUUAAAAUUACAUUUUCAAACUUAAGAAUUUUAAAAUUAACUUCUGUAGUAGAUGUUGAUAUUUUAAUUAAAUUUUUAGUAAAUAAUGGAAAGAAUUUAGAAAACAUUAAUUUAAAAAUUGAUAGUAGUGAUAAAAAUUCAUUGGACUUAGCUAUAGCUGAAUAUUGCCCAAACUUCAAAUCAUUAUCUAUCAUUAAUCCAUAA